AUGGAAGAAAAUUCAGCAAAUGAUGCACAAAAUGCAAACAAAUAUCAACAGAAUAAAUCAAUUUCACACAAUUAUUCUGCAUCAACAUCCAAAAAUUGUACAAGCUCAAUUGAAGAAAAUGAAACAAAUGGUCUAGAAAUUCAAUCAAAUGAUCAACAAGCACAGAAUGAUCCUGGAAAAGCAUCAACAAGUUCGACUAAUGAAUCUAUUGUAACAUCUGAAAAAAUAGAUUUGGAUUAUUAUAAAUAUGAUAAUGAUGAAAAUAUCAAGUUAUCUUUGAUGGGAAGACUUGUUGAUAACCAUGAGGAUGCCUUACGUAUGUAUAAAGCUCAUUCAAGAGCUAUUAGAUUCAGUGUAAGAAAAAAUACUGUAAGGCGAAAUAAAACAGAUGGAAUAGUUUCUAAUUUUUAUUUUUGCUACUCAAAAGAAGGACAUACAAGAGAGAGAAAGAAAAAAGAAAUGGAUAUAGCAGAUUCAGAAUUCAUAAGUGAGGAAAAAGAGUCAUUAAAGAAGAGAAAAAUAAGGAGUGUUAAUGAGACUAGAACUGGUUGUAGAGCUAACAUUAGAUUCAAGAAGAUAGACUCUGGAGAAUAUUGUGUUAUUCAACACAAUAUAAAACACAAUCAUGAAUUAGUGAAUCCUUCAGAAAGACAUCACUUAAAAUCUGAAAGAAGUGUUAAAGAAGAGAUUGGAUUGGUGAUCGAAAAGAUGGUAGAGAUUGGAAUUAAACCAAUGGACUGCUAUGAAUUUCUUAAAAGAAAAGUAGGAUCAGAGGAAGAUUUAGGACACACAAAGAGAGAUCUUUUAAACUAUGUAACUAGGUACAAAUCUAGCAUAAUUGAAGGAGGAGAUAUGCAAAGUGUACAGGAUACACUACAACAGAGAGCAGAAUUAGAUCCUUCUUUCUUUUACAGAUUAAAGUUUGGUGAAAAAGAUUAUAUAGUGAGCUAUUUUUGGCGUGAUUCAAUGAUGUUGGAAGAUUUUAAAGCAUUUGGUGAUGUAUUAAUAUAUGAUACCACAUAUAAAACCAACAAAUGUGGUUUAAUAUGUGCACCAUUUGUUGGAGUAAACAACCAUCAAAGAACAACAAUGUUUGGGUGUUCUUUUAUAACUAAUGAAAUUACAAAUACUUUUGAAUGGGUACUUGAAACUUUCAAAAAGUCAAUGGCUAGAUCAGAACCAAGGACAAUUUUCACAUAUCAAGAUCAAGCAAUGAGCAAUGCAAUUGGAAAGAUAAGAUAUUAA